AUGAAUAUGGGAGACAAGCAGAAUGGAGAUUUCAAUAAUUUUUCGAAUUUCAAGUGGUACGUGGGUCUUCAAAGAAGUCGUUAUCUGAAGCUCUUUCUCUGUGUGAUACCUCCACAUAAAACUGGCCAUGAACUUCAAGCUGAAUUCGAAUACAUUAUUACUUCUGACUGCGGAAAAGUGUUAUCAACAUCUGGAAAAAUGCGAAUUUUCAAAACUGGACAAUGUGAAUUCGAAGGACAUCCGGAAAAGAUCGCUUGGGAAAGAAUAAUCAAUGAUUAUCUAGAUGAUAAUGGAAAUUUGGAAGUGAAUGUUCGUGUGAAAAUAUUAGGAAUGAAUGAAGAGAAAAGUAGAAAAGUUUUGAGAAGUUUUGAAGACAAACAAUUCUCAGAUGUUGCUCUUGUGAUUGAUGAACAGAAGUUUCAUGUUUCAAAAUUGUUCCUCUCUUCCCAAUCCCCCUACUUUGCUAAUCUCUUCUCCAGAAAUUCUGGAAAAUCGGAAAUCAAACUUUCUACUUCAAAUCCUCAAAACUUACAAUUCUUCCUGGAACUCCUUUACGGAGAACCUGGACCAGAUGAAGAAACUGUUGAGGGAAUCUUAUCAAUUGCUGAUAUGUACAACACCCCCACUAUCAUCAAAAAAUGUGAAGAAUAUCUUUUGGAGAAAUCAUAUAAGCCACUGAAAGAAAAAUUGCAAAUGGCUGGAAAAUACAAAUUGGAAGAGUUGAGAAAAAGGUGUAUGACUAGAAUUCAAUCAGUCUCUGAUGUCAAAAGUGUGGCUGUAGAGGAUCCAGUUGAAAUGGAUCACGAUCUUCUUGCGGAUCUGUUCCAGAAGAUUUUAUCAUUAGUAUAA